AUGGACUCGGACGCCAGCCUGGUGUCCAGCCGUCCGUCGUCGCCAGAGCCCGAUGACCUCUUCCUGCCGGCCCGCAGCAAGGGCAGCAGCGGCUUCACGGGUGGCACCGUGUCCUCGUCCACACCGAGUGACUGCCCGCCAGAGCUGAGCGCCGAGCUGCGCGGAGCCAUGGGCGCAGCGGGCGCGCACCACCCCGGGGACAAGCUCGGCGGCGGCGGCGGCUUCAAGUCCUCCUCGUCCAGCACGUCGUCGUCCACGUCCUCGGCGGCCGCGUCGUCCACCAAGAAGGACAAGAAACAGAUGACCGAGCCGGAGCUGCAGCAGCUGCGCCUCAAGAUCAACAGCCGCGAGCGCAAGCGCAUGCACGACCUCAACAUUGCCAUGGACGGCCUGCGCGAGGUCAUGCCUUACGCGCACGGCCCGUCGGUGCGCAAGCUCUCCAAGAUCGCCACGCUGCUGCUGGCGCGCAACUACAUCCUUAUGCUCACCAACUCGCUGGAGGAGAUGAAGAGGCUUGUUAGCGAGAUCUACGGCGGCCACCACGCCGGUUUUCACCCGUCGGCCUGCGGGGGGCUGGCGCACUCGGCUCCUCUGCCCGCCGCCGCCACGGCGCACCCAGCGGCGGCGCACGCCGCGCAUCACCCGGCGGUGCACCACCCGAUCCUGCCACCUGCCGCGGCCGCCGCCGCCGCUGCCGCUGCCGCCGCCGCCGUGUCCAGCGCGUCUCUGCCCGGCUCCGGGCUGUCUUCGGUCGGUUCCAUCCGGCCUCCGCACGGCCUGCUCAAGUCUCCGUCGGCCGCAGCGGCUGCCCCUCUGGGGAGUGGAGGCGGCGGCAGCGGUGGCAGCGGGGGCUUCCAACACUGGGGCGGCAUGCCCUGUCCCUGUAGCAUGUGCCAGGUGCCUCCGCCGCACCACCACGUGUCGGCCAUGAGCGCGGGCAGCCUGCCUCGUCUCACCUCGGACGCCAAGUGA